AUGAUCAAGUUGAAUGCUCAACAAAGAGCAGAAUUUUCUGAAUUCAAUACUUUAGAGUGUAUUCGUCCUAAUUUCAAGUCCUACUUUCAAUCCUCAAGCUUAGAUAUUUCCCACCAAUCUUCUCUGACUGUGUGGUCUUUGUAUUGGAAUGUACUUGCAUACACUACUCCCAUACACAGUUUGUAUGCAGACCAUACAAAUCAGUCUAAGGUUGGAUUGGGUACAUUACAGAAGUAUUCCGUUGUGGUCUGGUUGAUUCGUCAACAGUUCUUAGGAGAGGCUACCCCUAAUGAUAGCGAAGUUCACGUUUGCCUUACAAGUUUACUUCGUUUAUCAGAAACAUGUGGAAUAAAUUUAGAAGUAGUGCGGUCUUUAUGGUUGUAUUUCAAAAGUUGGCUAAGCACUGGAUUUGAUACUUCGAACAGAUCUUCAGGUUUACUUACACCUAGUAUGAGUUUCAGAUGUUGGUACAAUAAGGUAAAACCAGAGUGUGAGGCCAGACAAAAUUUCGUUAUGUUUUGUUCACUUCUUCGAAGAUUAUUGCCAUCAGACACAGAGGAGCUGUGUACAACCUUGAAAAUUCCACUGUUGUCACUGACUAAGCCAAGUAUUUCAUACUACUUUUUCAUAUGGGCUAAUUUAAUUGAAGAAGCCUUGAAUACAUUAUCAGUGAGCAUAGAAAAAGUGGAUAGUAAUAAAAUAUGUUUAUUGUCCCUGGUUGAGAACAUUGUUGAGAUAUCUUCCUCAUUAUCGGAAUCGAAUAAUGUCGCCCAUAAUUGGGACCCGAAUCGCGGUUGUAUUCUUCUUCAAUGUUUGCAGUAUCUACUAGUUAUGUUUGGAGAAUAUGGAUGCUUGCAUUCGGAAUUAAAAAUUGAUUUGCUUUGUUUGUUACCAGUUGUUGAGAAAAUCAAUGGUGUCAUUAUUUCCUUACGCCGUAGUCUGUCUAUGUCUAACGAGCUUCUUUCUACGGAAUCAGAAUUCGCUUUAACACACCGUCCAGUAGCAUUCAAUCGAUUGUCUACUUCGAAUCGUAUUAGCGACUUCACAUCUAUCUCAAUUCAAUUUCUUGUCGAUCUUCUGCUUCCAAAUAAUUCCACUCAUGUUUCACUACCUUCAAGUCGUAUUUUUUUAAUCAUACAGUGUUUAGGCUCAUCAUAUUUUGAUUCGAUUAGCUGGCCUUUUGAUAUUAAGUGGAACGAAUGCGUCUUGCAGUUACUUGAAGUUGUAUGUUCAUUAGGAUACUCUGAAUCAAACUUAGAAUUGUUUAGUUUCUUUUGGAGUUCUGUUUACCCUGCGUUUAAAAAGGCUAUUUCUAGGCAGAAUACCAAAUGUACUCCUAUACCCGUGAAUCUAUUAUCGAUCCUAUCCAAAAUUGCAUUAUAUUUUAUUCGUUUAUCCAAUAUUUGCUUUUCGUACAGGAGCGAACAUAAAUUGACCCUCUAUCUUCUUGAUCCUGCUGACCUAUUUGAUUUGUUCACAAUGAAUCCGUCUAUAGAUUUUUCGUUUCAUUUUAGUAUUAUGGAAGCAUUUUAUGGCACAUCUAGUACAAUUAAAGAAUUGAUUACUAUUCUUAACUCAAGUAAAAAGGAAACUUCUACAGUUGCUUGGUUAUUUUUCGUCGCUUUAUUAACGUAUUGUUUGUUUGUUAGAACUGUUAAUUCGUUUUCGACAGAAAGUCAUGAUGAUUUCGUCUUUCCGUCUUUUAUAAGUGAAAUUCGAGCUUAUCUACCAAAACAAAUAACCAUUUCAACAAUCUCCAAUUUAGAUCCUGAAACCAUUUUCAUUAAUAUAGCUGCUUAUUUCGAUAAACUCUCUACAUUUCAAGCUCGAAUGUUAUUCAAAUCUGUUUUUGUUGAAUAUAUUGGUCGAUUAAGUGAGUUUAUUUGUACAUGUUGCUCUGUAUCCAGUUCUGCACAGGAAAGUGGUUUUGGUUUGAGUCACACAACACAAAACAAUUUCUUAAAACCGGAGGAUUUAUGUGGAAGCGGUUAUCGAGUGGCAGGAAUGUUAAUUCGUCACUGUUCAAUGUUACUUUAUUCUCCAGUCACUACUGAAAGCUCAGUAUCAAGUUUUGAGAAAUUGGUGAAUCAUUUUUUUCUUCCACGACAGUUAUACGAAAUGCAAGAUUCUAACAGAUUUUCUACUCUCAACGAAUCCGAUAUAUUUCCGUGUUAUGUUAUGGAGUCUAUGCAAGAGCAGUUACCUGAAUUUACACGUGGUAUUGCUCAAUUAAAUUGGAGAAGUGAUCCUUAUCUAUGUCGUAUAAUAAAAGAUAUUGUCAAAAUACAUUAUAAACACCUUGGUCCAGGAGCUAUUGCUUCAAUGGUACUAAACAGUCCUACACUGGAUUUUCGAACUCAUAUUUUGCAGUUUGCCACUUACGAUCAAAUUAUUUAUCUGACCGAGUAUAAAACUUUAUCCGUUUCUAGUUGUGAACAAAUCACAUAUCAACGCAACAUUCUGUCUAAUUGGGUGAAUUUCGCAUAUUCAAUAUAUUCCAAUACACAUUCAAAUGGUAUUUACCUGAGUGAUGCUCCAUUUUUAGUUUGCCCUAUUCUACUGUCAAACACCUUGAAACAUUUAACUAGUGCAUUGAAUUCUGAUAGUCGCAAACACAGUAUACAUAUUCUUAAAAUGUAUAAAGAAGCGGUCGCAUCGGUAACUUGUCAUGAAACAAGAUCUCGUAUCCUCGAACUCUGCUGUAACCUGGAUAAGAAAACCAUGGACCCUUCAUGCAGUCUUGUCGCAUAUUUUGGUCUAAAAUAGUAUUUCUUUCAGCUUGUUCAUCACAUUAGUGAGACAAGAAUUAUAUGUAACGUACCCUUAAAAUGAUAUUGACUUUCAAUGAAGUUUUUUAUCACUUCGUCUUAAUAAUUGUAUAGGAAUUAUAAAUUGGAUAUAUAUAUGGG